UUGCCAUCGAGCACGAUGCAUGUGGCUGUACGUUAUGGCCAAGUAGAUGCCGUCCAGUAUGGUAUCGCCACUGGGGCUAAUAUUGAAGCUAAGAAUCUUGUCGGCAACACCCUUGUUCAUGAAGCCGUCCAUUGGAGAUCUCUACCAGUUCUGGAAUUAUUGUUGGCGUCGGGAAUUGCCAUUGACUCCCAGAAUAAUGUCGGUGACACAGCUCUGCACCUCGCGUCCAGAGUGGGACUAGUGGAAUUUGCCGAAGCGUUACUUCGACACGAAGCUGAUACAAAUCUCCCAAACUACCAUGGGUUUGCGCCUCUGCACAUUUCGGUUCACUAUGGGCAUCCAAAGAUUGUCCAAUUACUGCUGAGAUUUGGCGCAAAUAUCGACCAAACGGAUCCCAGAGGAAACACGGCUUUG